AAAGGAAAAAGAAUUAUCUACUAACCAAGGCAAAAACAAAAAAAAAAUCAAAUUCGUCGGAACAGAGCGAGCGAGUGAAGUUUAGAAGUUAGUGACUUAGUGGCAGUGCACUUGGGAUCCUCGGUGACAAAGUUUUCUAUGGCCACAGCAGCAUCCCACGUCGUCAUCUCCAGCUCUCAUUCCAUCUCUCGUCUAUCUCCCUUUCAAUUAUGCAUUUUAGAUCCCAAGUCGUCGUUCCUCUCCUGCACCAGCACCAGGAGGAGCCAAGCCCUGGUCAAUGGAGGCGGAGGAGGAGUGCGGUGCAUGGCUGUGGAGACUGCUUCUGAAGCUGCCAAGACAAAGAAGGCCGGGUAUGAGAUUCAGACCUUAACCGGCUGGCUCUUGAAGCAAGAGCAAGCUGGAGUCAUCGACGCUGAACUUACCAUUGUCAUUUCCAGCAUUUCUAUGGCAUGCAAGCAGAUUGCCGUCCUCGUUCAGAGGGCUGGCAUUUCUAACCUUACUGGGGUCCAGGGUGCUGUUAACGUUCAAGGAGAAGAUCAGAAGAAACUUGAUGUUGUCUCCAAUGAGGUGUUCUCUAAUUGCUUGAAAUCGAGUGGACGGACAGGGAUCAUUGCAUCGGAGGAGGAGGAUGUGCCAGUGGCAGUGGAAGAGAGUUACUCUGGCAACUACAUUGUGGUAUUUGAUCCUCUGGAUGGAUCAUCUAACAUUGAUGCUGCUGUCUCCACUGGCUCUAUCUUUGGGAUAUACAGCCCCAAUGAUGAGUGCCUCGCAGAUAUUGGUGAUGAUGCCACGCUAGACCAAGUGAAACAGAGGUGUGUUGUGAACGUAUGCCAGCCGGGGGACAACCUUCUUGCUGCAGGCUAUUGCAUGUACUCGAGCUCAGUGAUAUUUGUGCUCACUCUAGGAAAGGGUGUCUUUGCCUUCACCUUAGAUCCCAUGUACGGAGAAUUCUUACUUACUCAAGAAAACAUUCAGAUCCCAAAGGCGGGGAAGAUUUAUGCAUUUAAUGAAGGGAACUACCAGUUGUGGGAUGGUAAGUUGAAGAAGUACAUUGAUGAUCUCAAGGACCCUGGUCCGAGUGGCAAGCCCUAUUCAGCUCGCUAUAUUGGUAGUUUGGUGGGUGAUUUCCAUAGGACCCUCUUGUAUGGCGGCAUUUAUGGGUACCCUCCAGACAAGAAGAGCAAGAAUGGGAAGUUGAGGCUGCUGUAUGAAUGUGCCCCAAUGAGCUUUAUUGUGGAACAGGCAGGCGGUAAAGGAUCAGAUGGAUCUCGGAGGAUCCUGGAUAUUGAACCAACUGAGAUACACCAGCGAGUUCCGCUGUACAUUGGAAGUGUGGAGGAAGUAGAGAAACUAGAAAAGUAUUUAUCUUAACGACAAUGUAAUCGAGAUGCUCUCUGAAAAUGUAAAUGCUCCUGUCCAGUCUCUCAAGGAUUACAAUUUCCUGCAAAUCCAAGAGAUCCAUGAAAGGGCCUAGGAAAUUUUCUUGUGUUCUUAUACUUGGACGAAGCUUUUUUUUUUUCUGUCUAUUAGUACUUGAUUUAGUUAGGACUAGUAACGUUUAUUAAAUCAAGCAACUCCUAAGUUUUUUUUUUUUUAACGCUUUAUUUCUAAAGCAAGCUUGAGUUUAUUGAA